ACACACACACACACACACACACACACACACACACACACACACAUAAGUACAUCCCACAGCCACUGGCAGACUUUAAACAGACCUUUAAGAAUAAGAAUAUAUACACAAGCAGCUGAACAGAUAGAGAUAAACAGAGAGAUAGCUUCCAGCCUUUAAAUUCUUUUGAGGGAAAACAUCAUUGUUGUUUAACAAAAGAAGGGAAUAUUUCAUUCAGGAUUUUCUGGGAAAAAGUACCAGAUCAAACUCUACUUUUUGAUUGGAAUUUGUAGACUUUUCUUUUUUUUUUUGGUGGUUGUUUUUGAGAUGUUUGCAGAAGAUUCUGGGUUUGCAUUGAUUGGACUGUCCAGGCACUUUGAAAAGGAUAAGAACAUUCAAGGUUGACUAGGGGAAUUUCUCUGUCUACUAAGUGAACUCUUGCCAGUAUGGAUCUACAUUGUUACAGAGGUUUCUCAGAUGUACCCUGAUACUAGAUCCUGAGUGACCCGCACAGUCCAAGGAAACUCAACAGCUGACUGAUGAUGGAGCCAGACCUUGUGGACCUGCAGCAGGUGCAGGUUCUUUCCAUCGACCAGAUCCGAUCCAUCAGGGCCCAUAAUAACUAUGUGGACAGGCCAAUAACAUCAACUACCCAGUCCAACCCAUCCGUCUCUCAGCAGCAUCAGAAAAUUGAGUGGACCCAGGAACGGCAAAAUCUCCACCGUAGCCAAAGCCAUCACCACCAUCCUAAUCACAGCCACCAAACCCCAUCCAGCACAGUUAGUUCAGUUUCCUGGAGCAGCACAGCAUCAGAACAGAGACUGCUGGCUGGCCUGACCCCUUCUCAUUCUGGUCCCGUCAUUAUCCGGAUUCAGCCCAAGGGUGAAGUAAAGCCAGAAGAUCUGGUGAAAGGUGUGGUGGACAGUCCAGACCUUAGCCAGCACCUCUUUAUCUGUGAGCACUGCGGGAAAUGCAAGUGUGAGGAGUGCAGCACCCCUCGGACCCUUCCAUCCUGCUGGCUCUGUGGACAAAGGUGUCUGUGCUCCCUGGAGAAUGCUGUGGAGUAUGGCACCUGCCUCUGCUGCGUUAAGGGAAUCUUCUACCACUGUUCCAGCGACGAUGAGGACAACUGUGCUGACCAUCCCUGCUCUUGCAGCCAGGGCCAGGCUUGCUCCCGUUGGACAACCAUGGGCCUUCUCUCUGUCUUUCUGCCCUGUCUUUGCUGUUACCUCCCCGCUAAGGGCUGCCUCAAGCUCUGCCAAAGAAGCUACGACCAAGCCAAGAGGCCUGGCUGCCGCUGCAGCAACACCAACACUGUUUGUCGGAAGAUCUCCUCCUCCUCAGGCCCAACACCCUUCCCAAAAACCCUGCAGAAGCCUGUAUGACCUCCAAAUGUGGCAUUGAAAGACAAAGGAUUCCCAAACCAUAGGGUCACAUUAGUCUAACCAAACUAAAGCUUAAAAACAAUAAUAUAAAAAUAAAAAAAAACACCGGUAACUAUAACAAUACCGUAUAACGUUGCCUUUUUUUGGUUGGGGGGGCGAGGGAGUUUGCACGUUAUAUAUUUACAAGGAAAAACCCCCCAAAGGGUAUCUGCUUGUAGCAUACAGGGUAUAUAUACAGAUAGCUUUAAAUAGCAGUGUGGUUGGAAGAAUGAAGAUCUCAUUAGCUCAGGUCCUACUGGAUGUUGGUGCCUCCAGACACAGUGGGGUUGGUGUUCAUUUGUCCAUAUGGCGUUUAGAUGGACUAUAGGAACAUUCCCCGGAGUGACAAUGAACUCAAUAUACAUUUGUAAUAAAGAAUUAAAGGGACAACCAAAGCCAACUCAAGUUUGGAAUAAUUAUUAUGCACUGCAACAAUGUGGGACUCGAAGAGGCAUCUGCCAGAGGUUCUUAGAAUGAGAGUGUUCUCAUUAAAGAAGGAUCAAUGGUCAUUCAGCAGCUUCUGUUGGGAUCUCUGAUCUCUCCCCUAUGGAAGUUAAAUCUUACAGAGGCCUUUUCAGAACCACUGUUACAUUUAGCACUCAUUUCAUUUAUAAAAUUCCUGAGAAGGAGGACCGGAAUGACCAGAAGUCAAUGUAGAGCAAAGGAUUUCACAGUAGCAGCAGCAAUGUCAGUGCUGUUGCUGUUAUUUGUUUAAGGAAUUGUCCCCAGAGAAGAUAUGGUGCCAGAUUUCUUUAGGGUUGGCCACAAAUGUAAUUUAAAACUUCUUUACUGUGAACCUAAUGGGACCAACAGACCUGGUUCAUACAGGUUAUGUAUUAUUGAGAUUUGCCUCUGGAACAUCUAUUUCAGCAUGAAGAGACAAUACAUGGGCCAGUGAAAAUGUUUAAAGAGGUACCAUGUAUCUGCUGCGUCUUCAGGAGUUUUUGGCAACAAUAUUCAACACUAUCUUCAGCAGACUUUAGCAUGUGAUUCCUGGCAAAUUCCUGUUGAACUCUAAGGAGCUUUGCUGUUCAGAAGUGGGAUUCCUGUGGAAGCAUGCUGUUCUGUUGCAAAGCCUAACCAAGAGUCAGCUGGGAAGGAAGUCUUUUAUAAGACACAAUGCUGAAGGAAUAGACUAAAAAUAGGACUUGAAAAAUAGCCACAGUUAGGAGAACUUGGUUUAACUGGUGUCCUGUUUUCUAGAGGGGACCGAAUUGGGAGCACAGAGCUUUGAACAGAAGAGCAGCAGUGAGCAUUCUCUCAUCUUGGGUGUGAAUAUAACAUACAAUGCACACUGUAUACAUCUGCAAAUUAAUCCUUACUGUUAGAAUUUCGUUGAUUAUAUUUUUGUAUGUAAAUAUAUUAUUGUUAUUAUGAUUAUAAUAAUUAUUAUUAAAAAUGUUAUUAUUAUUUUUACUAUUAUAAUUAUUAUUAUAAAUAACCUUGAGACUGCCUAAAAGCUGAUCAUUCCUUUUCUUUUAACAAUUUUAUUUGUGGAGGAAAAAUCUGUGAGCCCUAACCAUAACCACUACACCAGAGCUAGUGAAACAUAAACGGUUAUUUAUUUUUUUAUUCUACAGAAUAGAGCAUCAAUGACCCACUCGCAUAAAAGCUUAGUGAGUCAGGUAACAGUAUGGAUAUGACCCACAAUUACAUUUACAAAGAUUUGCAGAGACAAUACAGAUUCACAGUAUAAAUCAGAAUGAAAGUAAUGCUUUUGGUGUAAUAAAAUUGAAGAGCCAUUACAUUUAAGCCCCCCACCCAUGGCACACACAUACAUAGAUUACGGUUUAAACAAUGCACAAUUUUAAUGUCCACUAAGGAUUUUACCACGAAGAAAAGAAAAUGAUAAGCACUACAGCUACCCAUACACGUUGCCUUACACCCUAGUUUAACUGCAACCUGAAAAAACACAAUCUCACCCACAGAAACAAUGCAAUGGAUCUAUUCUCAUGGUAUGAUUGGAGCCAUGGUAUGAUAAUAGCAAUUCUACCAUACUAGGACCACUGAGCACUAUGUGCUCUGAAUCCAAUGUGUUCUCAUUGCUGUUCUAAUACUGAAUCACAAUGUUUCUUCUCCACAAACAAAAUAUUUGGUUGAAAGCAAACAUACCAAACCAUGUCUCUGUAGUCUGAAGGUUUACGCUGUGAAUGGUGCCAUAUGAAAGGUGGAUUGGCUUAUUGGUACAUACCAUUUAAAAAGGAAUGUCUGUCCAGCGCUAUUUGCAGGCUAUAGGUAAACCAGUAUCAAUUCCCAUAUACUAGUAAGUAAUGCUUUGGUACAAUUAACAUCUUGUCUGUUGUUCAAAAUAGUGUGUGUGUGUGUGUGUGUGUGUGUGUGUAUAUGUAU